AUGGAAGACAAAAAGCUGGAGAUGUUUGAAGUUGGUCCAUGUGAAUCUGCAUACCAGAUGGGGUUCUUGAUUGGAAAGAGAUUCACAGAUACAAUAAAGAGCAGAUUGCACACCGACCUUGUUCUUCGCAAUGAGCUCCUUCCUUUCGCUCAAUCCCCACAAUCACAACCUCUUAUUGAAGCUCUCUGCAAUAAUAACAAGACAAGGUUUCCAAUAUAUUGGGAUGAACUUGUUGGAAUUGCAGAAGGAAGUGGUGUUCCUAUUCUUGAGAUUAUCCUAAUCAACUUCAGGAAGGAGAUUCUUCCAUUUCUUCAGAAGGGAGUACCUUCAUCAGUUGAUUGCUCAGAUGAUUGUUCUGAUCUUCUUCUUGUUAGUGAAAACAUGGCCAUUGCAGCACAUAAUGAAGAUGCCAACCAUGCUCUGGUUGGCCACACCUAUUUAGUUAAAGGAAUAUUGCAAAAUGGGCUCUCCUUUCUUGCUUACACUUACGCUGGAGAGCUUCCGAGCGGCGCUUUUGGUUUUAAUGAUCAUGGACUGGCAUUUACCUUGAAUUCAGUGCCUCCAACCAAUGAUGAGAUUGCUGCCGGGGCCAUUGGACGAAACUUUAUCUCCCGGGACCUCCUUGAGUCUACAAGUCUUGAAAAUGCAAUAUUUAGAAUUCGCUCGGCCGAAGUAUCUGUUGGGCACAGUUAUAAUCUGAUUGAUGUCCAGACAAGAAGAAUUGUGAACGUAGAAACAGCAUCAAGGUAUAGAUUUUCAGUUAACGAGGUUGGGGCUACACCAUUAUUCCAUGCAAAUAUGUAUACACAUCUUCAGAUUAACCAGGUACAAGAUCCAAACUCCAUAAGCAGGCAGAAACGAGCAGAUGACCUGCCAAAAGAAUCAAAAAAUGAUUUCCUGUCGGUUCUAGGAGAUAUGGAUAACAAGAAAUAUCCUAUCUAUAUGACAGGCCCUAUGCUUUACACACUGUGUACUGCCCUAAUUGACCUGGACGAACAAACUCUAUCAAUUAUUCAAGGAAAUCCAAAGAAAAAUGUGAUAUCCCAUGUCUUCUCCAUGCCUUUGGUGGAGUUAAAGAAACCAUAAGCACACUGCUGCCACCGUAUGUUGCAAGUAGUCAUGAAAGUUGAUUCCGAGCUCUUAUGCUGGUUCAUAAAGGCCCAACAUAUGGCCAUCAAUACAUCGCAUGGACGCAACCUGAAGUCAGCAUUUGACACUUUAAAAUCACUUAAUCAUUUAUGAUCCAAGAGGAAGGGGGUGGGGAGUUUGUACCUUUCCGUGUAUUUCAUACUUAAUGGAACCAUCUAGUUCAGCUCCCAUUGCCAUUAAUUUGGUCACUGUGCUGUUAAUAUCUGUCACCGUGAACGAUAGCAGUGAAGAAUAACCCUUUUGCUGGACAAUAUGGUCACUGUGACCCCAGGUUAGCAAUGCUUCUAAAUAUGUGAAAUUAAAAACCUCAAAUUUCAAAGUCGAA